AUGAAAUCGUAUAAAGAAAAUAAAAAAUCCCAACCAAAGGAAAAGUUGCCCAAGAAGAAACCCAAAAAAGAAACUCAAGAAAAAAUCAAAAAAACCCGAAGAAGAAACACGAAAAGAAAUCCAAAGAAAAACAAAAAAAAUCCAAAGAAAAGACCCAAGAAGAACCCAAAAAGAAACCCAAUGAAACCCAGAAGAAAUCCAAAGAAAAGACCCGAAAAAAAAAUCCAAAAGAAAUACAAUGAAACCCAAGAAGAAAUCCAAAGAAGAAGUCCAAGGAAAAAUCCAGCCAAAAUAGAAGAAACCCAAAUGAAAAAUUAAACUGGUUAGUUACUGUAAGGAAACUAGACUUCUGAAAUUCUGAAAAACUUGAAACUUACCAUUUACUACAUUUACUAGGAUACCGAAGUUGAAAAAUCUACAAAAAGAAAAUGGGUAAGUAAGGAACAAUAGCAAAUAAAAAAGUAAACAAAUAUUAUAAAAAAAAAGCUUACCUUCAAAAGUCUAAGAAAAAAGAAAAAGCGUUAAAGAGCGUUAAAAGACGUUAAAAAUGUU